AUGCGUAAUAAAUUAGUCGAAGCAACUAGUCAGAGAUGGUGCGCGGAUAAUACGAUUAAUAGUUGUGUGAGGCCCGGAGCGGCCCGGAGCAGGUCCCUAGCGGCCUGUGGUUCUAACUGUGAUGUCGCUCUAUAUUUUUUGUGUCAGCUCGGAGGCCCGCGCGCCGCUCGGGUCACUCCUGUCAGAUGUCAGGACGAGUCACACGCCUCGCGUCCACACUGGCACAUGACACUCUCAUAA